CUUCCCACUGCACCACGAAUUGGCACUGUCUUCAAAAUGCCACUGGAAGGUUUCGAAAAGGAGUUGGCAGAGCAGAGGGAGACUGAGAGAAGGAUAGAACGACGCAGAGACCACGAAAAGUCGUCAGAGCAUCGACACCACAAGCAUCACCACCAUCAUCGAAGUUCGAGGCACCAUGAUUCUCAGGACGAUGAUGACGGCCACCGGUCAAAAAGAUCUAGACAUUCAAGAGAUGAAGACACUUCCGAGAGCAGACAUAGGCACAGACAUCGCCGGCGGAGUCGAGGCGAGGGGGAUCGAGACGAAGACGAGAAGCCACGAUCAUCACGACCCGAUCCUGGUGCAUUGAAGCGCGAUUCCUGGAUGGAAGCACCUUCGGCUCUGGACGUUGACUACGUACAAAGAAAACGACCCGAACCUUCCCCUCCCAAGACUGCCAGCUUAGGCGCUAACUUCGAGUUGAAAAUUCAUGAGAAGGAGCUCAAUCACCAUCUGCGAGAUUUGCAGAGCGGAAAGAAGGUCGAAGAGCUGGAAGAUGAACCUGCUGCACAUGAAGUUGACUAUAUAUUCGGAGACGCUGGAUCACAAUGGCGAAUGACCAGACUCAAAGCCGUCUACCGACAAGCGCAGGAGUCCGGUCGCAAGGUCGAAGAUGUCGCUGUGGAAAGAUACGACUCCCUCCGCGAAUUUGACGAUGCACGAGAAGAAGAGAUCGAACUCGAGCGACGCCAGACGUACGGAGAAAGCUACGUCGGCAAGGAAAAGCCUAGCGGCGAACUCUUCCAAGAGCGUAAACUCGACGCAGGCGUGCGAAGACCUCAUCCACCCAAUACCGAGACCAGCCCUGACAGAGUCGUCGAACGAAUGCCCGUUGCGACUUCCGAGACCGCCACGCUCGGUCCAAAGGUCGACCAAACAGCUCUGAACAAGCUCAAGGCACAACUCAUGAGAGCCCAGCUCCGCAAGGAUCCGAAAGCCGCAGACCUCGAGCGCGAAUACAAUGAAGCUGCCGCUGCAUUUUCGGCGCAAGAUCCCAGCGUCAUCACUCUGUCGGCGAUGGACAACCGCAUGCUGUCGUCCGCACCACGCAACGAAGUCAAAGCGGUCCAAAACCGCCGCGGCGCCGAUCGCGGCCAAGUUGAAGAGAACGAGGACAUGAGCAUCGAAGACAUGGUUCGCGAGGAACGUCGUACGCGCGGUCAGACCGGUGGUGAGGGCCAGCGCUUCGCUGAACGUAUUGCCAAAGACGCCAAAUUUGACAACGACCUUGACUAUCUCGACGAGAACGCCACGAAGCUCGCCAAGCGCGUGCACAAGUCAGACAUCAACCUGCGCAAUGUCGCGAUCAAUGAGUAUCAAAAAGUGCAAAGGAUCCUCGAGAACUGUCCGUUAUGCUUCCACGAGGACACAGACACGCCGCCGAUCGCGCCCGUGGUGAGUCUCGCGACCAGGACGUUCCUCACGCUCCCCACCGAGCCAGAGUUAUCAUCACAGAGCGCGAUCAUCGUGCCGACGCAGCACCACACCAACCUCCUCGAGUGCGACGACGACGAGUGGGAAGAAAUCCGGAAUUUCAUGAAAUCAUUGACACGCAUGUACCAUGACCAAGGCAGGGACGUGAUAUUCUACGAGAACGCGGCCUUUCCUUCGCGCAAGCCGCACGCCGCGCUGAGCGUCGUGCCACUGCCGUACGAUCUCGGCGAGACGGCGCCGGCGUUUUUCAAAGAAGCCUUCCUCACGACGGAAGACGAGUGGAGUCAGCAUAAGAAGAUCAUCGACACGCUGGCCAAGUCGAAGCAGGCCGGCUUCGGAAGGUUGGCGUUUCGCCGCAGUCUGGCCAAAGAGAUGCCCUACUUCCACGUCUGGUUCGAACUGGACGGUGGUAUCGGACAUGUUGUCGAAGAUGCCGAGAGGUGGCCUCGUGGAGAUUUGUUUGCCAGAGAGAUCAUUGGCGGAAUGCUCGGUCUCGAGCCGGAUGUUAUCAAGCGCCAGGGAAAGUGGCAUCGGGGACACGACAAGCGGGUCGAUGUGUUCAGGAAGGCCUGGAGGAAAUUCGACUGGACCAGGAUCCUCACCGAAGGCAGUGCUUAGAGGGAGAGGAGACGUGAGGCAUAAAAGAUCCAUUCGAGAAUAACGCUGUCAUAUAUAUCUGGAAUUGGCGCCCAGAUCUCUUAAGUCAUGCUCUUUCCGUCUACAUCGCCUCGAACUAUAUGACUCCAUUCGUUCGUCUCCUCGUCACAAUCAUCUGAACCUAUAGCAACAUCUAGC